AUGGAGGCAACUGAUGAAGAAAAGAGAUGGUGGUUUGAAGGAAUUCGUCCGUGCAUUAACAAUGAAAGAAAUGUACCAUUCAAGGAGUUUGCCGAGAAAUCUGAAAAGGCUAAAGCUAAAAGAUUUUGGGACCAUGAUAAGGGCACUGUGAUGAUUAUCGAAUUACCAUAUGGUGACCAUGAGGGCGCAAUUUGUGAAUUCAUUAGUCGAUUUCGCAAUCACUUCAAUAAUAUGGCAUCUCAAGAUGACAUUAGAUGCUGGGGAGCGAAAAGUUUAUACGAUCUGGCGACAGGUGAAUACAAAGAACCCGAUGCCUGUUUUGUGCCUCGACGUCUGUUAAAUCUGCCAAACCCUGUUCUUAAUCCAUGCGACAAUGGCGGGAAUCCGUGGCCAACUAUUAUCCUCGAGGUUGCUUCCUUUGAAAUACUUGAUCAUGUAAAGAAUAAGGUCAAUAACUUUUGGUUAAUCCCAAACCGUUGCGAAGAUGUCCUUCCACAAACUUCAGAUCCUGGGGUUGCUAUCGAUUUGUAUGAUAUACAACAGGCAGUUUUUGAUGCCAUGGAUAAGAAUUGA